AUGUCUUCAACCAGUGAGCUGAUCUUCUUCGUCAACGGGAAAAAGGUGAGAGAAUUUGAGAGACAUUAUGAACCUCAUUUUGUUCUGCACUCUAAUCAUCAGAGUAGUAUUUCAGAGAUGAUCAGACAAAAAAACUGGAAGAAAAGUGUUGAGCUUGUUUGUGUUCAAUCUGCACCAGAGAUUUAAAUAUAACAAAAAAAAACUAAUCCUGAUCAAACUAAUUAGAAUAAUUAAUAUAAUGCAGAACAUUUUAAUUAUAUAAUGUUGAAAACUACUUCUGCAUAACAAAAAGCAUACGAAUAGUUAAUCUCUAAAAUCAAAGUAAAACCUCGUUUGUGCAUUUAUUACAAUGUGUUUAUGGGCAUGACUGAACAGAAAAACCCUUAAUUUUCUCUCUUUUCUGUCACCUGCUUGUUUUGCAAUCACCAAUUUUCUUCAAUUUAAAAAAGUUUUUUAUUAACUCCAUGGAACAUGCUUUUGUUUUACUCAAUUUCCUGUAAAAUAGCAUUUUUUUUUAGUGGUAGACGAGAGAAAUGUUAACCUAUUCCUUUAAAGUAAAUCUUCAGCAAGGUUGAGUACAAAUAGAGCUGAUGUAUUACAAAUAAAGGUUAAAUCACCUUGUUGUCACACUCAUAUUUUGUGCACCGCCCUUACCUGAAAGGUUAAUUUUGGUCGUUUUAUAUGCCUCCAUCAUCUGAAAUGCAGCUUCACCUCCACAUGUGACCAUUCCACAUACGUUUAUCACACAGAGAGGUUUAGUUACACACAGCAGAGUGUACAAAGUCACCUGAUGGAGGGCACGAACUCUCAGAUACCUUCCUAUGAUGGUUGAUCCUGAUAAACAAAAACCAUGAAUGUAAUUUUUCAUGAGAUCAGCUUGAUAAAAAGUGUUUUUUCCCUUUUAAUGAUUGCUCCCCUUUUAAUUUUACCUUUAUCUUAACCCAAAUUUCAUGUCUUCUCUUCUGUGACUUUUUUUUCCCUCUCAUCUUUCCAUCCUGCAUCCUUAACUUCUUAUUUGGUGUCCUUUUCCUUUCCUUGUCACCUUUCCUCCUUUUAUUUUCCUCUUUUCUCCUUGUUUCCUUUCUUCUUUCAUUCCUUGUAUUAAUUGUUUGUGUCUCUUCAUCCUUGCCCGCAGGUUGUCGUGAAGAACGCAGAUCCUGAAGAAGUGCUGCUCAGCUUUCUUAGAAGAAAAGGUUCGUUUAUUCUGACCUGUUAUUGAGUCAAGACAAAAAUCAAACAGCUGUUAUUCUCUUAUUGUUAUGAGCUCAGACUGUCAGCUUUUAAGUUCAUCUGCAGAGGGAUUUGAAUUAAAACAAGUUGAAGCAAUGUGCUGUAAGAGGGAGGUAACUUUUACAUGCAUGUAAUGACCAGUUUGUUUUCUCCUGUGAACCAGUUGGUCUAACUGGUACCAAGUACGGCUGUGGAGGAGGAGGAUGUGGAGCCUGCACCGUCAUGGUGUCCAGAUACAACCGCAGCCAGGAGAAAGUUCAGUAUCCUUUUGUGCUUUUGUAAUCAGGAUUAAUGUGAACUGUGAGGGUUCUUGAUAUUCAGGAGAAGCCUGCAAAAUAAAGUUUGUUACAGUCCAAUCAAUCAUUCAAUCUGGUUUCGAUUUGUGAGGACCUGGCUGGAUUGUUGAACAAGUCUGCAAUCAAAGAAAGCUGCUGAAUCCCUGACCUUUGAACCCUGCAGACAUUAUACUGUGAACGCCUGCCUGCAGCCCAUCGUCACCCUGCAUGGAGCGGCCGUGGUGACAGUCGAAGGCAUCGGCAGCACAAAGACCAAACUGCAUCCUGUUCAGGUAACAAGUUUUUCGGAUGCACCUUUUUCUCACUGCCGUGUGGCAGUUUUUACCGCCUGUGUGUGUUUGCAGGAGCGCAUCGCAAAGGCUCACGGCUCUCAGUGCGGCUUCUGCACUCCGGGGAUGGUGAUGUCGAUGUACACCCUGCUGAGGAACAAACCUCAGCCCAGCAUGGAGGACAUCAGGGAGGCUUUAGGAGGUAAAAACACACAGAUGGACAUUAAACUGACACCAGAAGGCUGUGAGCAGAUUUUACUCAGUUUUCUAACCAUAUCUUCCCUUUGACUAACAGAAAAAAACGAGCUUUUCAUUGAGGUGAAAUCAGGAUUUCUGCACAGGCAGAAGUUUUGUAGGAGAAGGAGACUCUUAGGAAGAAUUUUGGUAACAAACUUUUAGUGAAACUACUCAGAUAUAUUUUGUACGUCUUUGAGCUCAUAAGAAACCUCACUAAAGAUUUUCUCUGCAGCAAAUUAGCAAAGCUUUUAGUCACACAGCAACAUUGUGCAUUUUUGAAUGUUUUCUUGUCUUGUUUUGAGAAAAUUAGCAGAAAAUUCAGUAAAUUUAACAUCCUUGUGUAAUAUUUCAAUAGACAAGUGCACUUACGUGUCCAUGCCUGCAUCAGCAUUAAUUAUAAGACUCAAACGCACAUAAUUGUUCUCAGUCUCAGUUUUCAGUCUGAUGACCUUCUCAUUUAAUCCAGGGAAUCUCUGUCGCUGCACCGGCUACAGACCGAUUAUUGACGGAUUAAAGACUUUUUGUGGACAUGAGGUGAGUGCUGAAUGGACCUGUGUUCAUCAUUCACACACUACGGUUCUCAUGUGACUUAGGUGAUUUAACAUUUGAGCUCGUACUAAGGCUGCAUGAUCAGAGCAGAGAAAUGAAGACUGCAUGUUUAGAAAGUGAUUGUAGGAGGACUUUCUUUCUGCAGACAUUGGGCUGCUGCCAAAACGGAGGAGGAGAGGGGGAAUGUUGUUUGGAAAAUGGAACGAAUGACUCAAAAAAUGGCGAGGAAAGUGAUGUAAGUCUAAACAUAUCAACUACUACAUAUUUUUACAGCUGUUUUACAUUUGUGGUCAGCGGAUAAUUGUUGGUUUUGAAUUGUUGGUUUUGUCUUUUCUCAGAUCUGCCAGGAGCUUUUCCAAACUGACCAGUUCUUACCUCUGGAUCCCUCUCAAGAUCUCAUCUUCCCUCCUGAGCUCAUGGUGAAAAGACAAAACCUCUGAACAGCCUUGACCUGAGAGUAAAAUAAAGAAAACAUGCAAUCAAUCAUUCGAUUUUCUUUCUUUUUGUAGAUUAUGGAGAGAAAGCUCAGCAGGGACACUCUUUGUUUCAGUGGAAAAAGAGUAAAGUUGUUUUUUCCUCUGGAGCUGUGGCAUCUCCUGGAGCUGAAGGCUGAGCAUCCUGCAGCUCCGCUGAUAGUCGGAAAUACAACUAUUGGUACCGCAGCUGUAAUCUCUUUAAUAGAACAGACAUAAUUCAUUGAAUCCUGACAGAUUAGAGGAGAGGAAACACAUGUUAUGAUUUAGCUGAUUGUUGUCAUGAACAUGUUUCUGAGCAGGACCAAAGAUGCUCCUAAAAGGGGUCCAUCAUCCUCUGGUGAUCUACGCUGGAAGGAUUUCUGAGCUCAGAGCAGUGAAAUGGGGGGACAACGGUGGGUGUCUUCUUUUCAUCUCCACCAAAGAAAGUGUCUCUAAAUCCUCAUUUCUCUCAUUUCUGUCGGGGAAUACUGAAGCGUUUUCAUUUGUUUCCAGCCUCCAAAUAAAGGAUCUUUUGCCAGAAUGAGUCUGGCUAUGAACAUUUUGCAACCAACGCAAUUCAUGCCAAAGUCAAAUAAAAGCGCUCAGACUCAUGCAUCAGACGUGUUUUCUGCAGGUGUGACGGUCGGCGCCGCCUGCAGCCUCAGCUCUCUGCAGGAGGAGAUGCAGGGGGCCGUGGAGGAGAUGGAGGAGGAGAAAACUAGAGGGUACCGGGCGCUGCUGGAGAUUCUCCGGUGUCUGGCGGGGAAACAGAUAAGAAACAUGGCGGUGAGUUAUAACCAAGUUUUCUGAUAUUUCCUCUCUGAUACUUUGAUCAGACUAAAUCACUAACUGUCUGCAGACUGUUGGAGGGAAUAUCCUCAGUGCAAACCCCAAAUACGACCUCAGCAGUGUUUUAGCCGCUCUGGACAGCACUCUGCACGUCAUCUCCAAAGGUGAGUUUCCUUCUGUAUGUUGUUUUUUGAGCUGAAUCUGCGUCUUUUUCUCAAGUUUUAUUUUGCCACUUUUUUGGGAGUUAUUUCAACUUAACUUGUGUCUUUUUUGGCAGCGUUUCUAGACCUAGCACUUGACCUUUUGAUUUGAUAAUCUGAGAUUAUAAUGAGUAAAUUAGCGUAUCUAAUGUGGAUGUAAAAACUCAGAAUGUGUGGACAGAGUAGUAUAAAUCAUCUGAUACUCUGAAAAGGUCAAAACAGAUGUUAUUAGACUGUUACAAAUGCAUUUUACUCUUGACUUUACUGAAGGUUAAGUUUGGUAUGAGUUAAAAAGGGGGGGGGGUGAAUAUCAUGAGGAGCGACUGAUUUUUUUCUGGGAUUUUAAGGUCAUGAAUUUGACAUUUAGGCGGGAAAAAAAAAACGUGAUCACUCUGAGGUUAUGAAGUUAACAUUUUGGAGAAGUAACUUGUAAAGUGUCUGAGAUGAAAGUCUUCAAGUGAAAUAAAGUCUGAGACAUUAAAAAACACGAGACUUAGGUGUGCUUAGCAGUUCAAUCCUGGGUCGUCUCUGUUUUUCUGCUUCCGUCUUCAGAUGGGAUGAGGAGCGUCCCCUUAGAUGAGAAACUGUUCACCGGCUUUGGAAAAACCUCCAUCAGACCCAACGAAGUCCUCCUGUCCAUCGACAUCCCGCUCACCAAACCUGUGAGACCUCCUGCUUUAACUUUCCCUCUUUUUCUGUCAGAGCAAAAACAGACAAAAUCAGAAUUUACAACAUCACUAAAGAUAGGCGAUGAGUUAGUGAAACAGAUCGUUCAGUUCUCAGAGUUCAAUUUUACACAGUUUCAACUCCAGCAUUUAGCAUGUAUGCAUGUCCGCACAUCCUGGAAACAUCACACCUCCAGUCCCGCCCUUCCUCAGAGUGGCUCAUUUAACUGCGAACAUGAGUGAGUCUGAAAGUGUUUGGUGUUUGGUCCUCAGGGGGAGUUUGUGGCGGCGUACCGACAGGCCCAGAGACGAGAGUUUUCCUUCUCGUUUGUGAACGUCGGGAUGAAAGUGGUCAUCAGGGAGGGGACCGACGUUACAGAGUCCCUGAACCUUUUCUAUGGUGGAGUUGGGUCGACUCUGGUCAAACCCAGACAGACGUGUCAGAAACUCAUCAGACGGUAAGUUUGAAAUCCAGGAGGCAGAAGUUCUUUCACCUGAGGAGACCUUGGUAAGCUUUCUGCAGUGCAGUAAGAGUCACUGUUUUCCAGGGCUUGGAGGGAGGAUCUUCUUGAUGACGCCUGCAGAUUCCUGAAAGAAGACCUGGACGUUCCUUCAUCCAUCCACGGAGGCCGAGCCGAGUAUCGCAAAACCCUCGCCAUCAGCUUCUUCUUCAAGUUCUACAUGCAGGUCGCUCUGGAGCUGAAAAAGAAGGUGGGUGAAGCUGCAGCAAAGGCGGAACAGAGAUGCUGCAGAGUCAAAAUAAAUACUCUUGUUUUGUAGGGGGUCUCAGAUGUUGAGUUACCUCCAGAGUAUCUCAGCGCUCUCAAGUCCUUCAAGAACAAAGUCCCGCAGGGUCGGCAGUCCUUCCAGGUUUGUAGUCACGCUGCAGAGCUGAACACCUGUGCAAAAACUGUAAACCGUUGAUCUGCAUGUUCCUCCUCUUCUUCCUCUGCAGCUUGUAUCAGAGACCCAGCCUUUCACAGACCCCGUAGGACGUCCCAGCAUGCAUCAGUCUGCUUUCCAACAAGCUACUGGUGAAGCAAAAUACUUUGACGACCUGCCGCCGUUCCAGGGAGAGCUCUUCAUCUUCAUGGUGACAAGCACCAGAGCACACGCUGAAAUCAUGUGAGCGGAAAUUAAAAGAUAUAAAAUACCUACUCUGUUUGACCGCUCAGUCUGACCACGACUAUCUGUGGUCUUCAAUCAGAAACAUCGACCCGUCAGAGGCUCUGAGGAUGCCUGGUGUUGUCACUUUCAUCUCAGCUAAAGAUGUCCCCGGAGCGAACCGUAGACUUUGGUUCAAUAACCCAGAGGAGCUCUUCGCAGCAGAGGAGGUGCUUCAAGAUCCACAAACUCUUCCAGCUGUAACACAGAGAGAUCUGAUGGUCUGGUUUAUUCUGCAGGUGAUCUGUGUGGGUCAGAUCCUUGGUGCGGUUGUUGCAGAGAGCAGAGAGGAGGCCAGGAGAGCAGCUCAGAAGGUCCAGGUCACCUACCAGGACCUCCAGCCUGUCUUCUUCACCAUAGAGGUUUUAUAAACCAUAAACCACUGACUUAGAAAUUUAAAAUCUGGCCUUAAUCCGAGAAAUGGAGGGAAAGUAACUGUCAUUUCUGAGCAGUGAUAUUUCAUUUCCAGGAUGCGAUAAAGCACGAGUCUUACUUUGAACCCAAACGGAAGGUGGAGCGAGGCAACGUCGAUGAAGCCUUAAAGCGAGCGGAGCAUCUUCUGGAGGGUAAACCUGUGAACUCAAAAGCUUGAAAUCUAUUUUAAAAACUUUAAAAAAUAUCCUGGAACAGAGUUUCAUCCUGUAUCGGUUUGCAGGUGAGAUCUACAUGGGCGGUCAGGAGCAUUUCUACAUGGAGACUCAGGGGCUGGUCGCUGUUCCCAGAGGAGAAGAUGAAGAGAUGGACGUGUUUGUGGCCACUCAGCACGCCGCCUUCACUCAGGUCAGAGGAUGUCUUGAACUAAAAAUUUAAUUGAACUCAAAGUUUAUCUUCAGGCUGGUUUUAUUUCUGCCUCACCAGGAGCUGGUCGGCUUGGCUCUGGGUAUCGACUCCAACAAGAUCAGCUGUCAUGUGAAGCGUCUGGGCGGAGGGUUCGGAGGAAAAGUGAUGAAGAUCGCCUCUCUGUCUGCUAUCACUGCAGUCGCUGCACACAAGUAUGAAAAAUCACCUCAAUCAUACAUUUUUAAAACAGCUUCUGACUAAUAACUUUAAAUUCUGAACAUGAACUUCCACAGAACCGGCCGGGCUGUGCGCUGCUGCCUGGAGCGAGGAGACGACAUGCUGAUUACCAGCGGCAGACAUCCGUUCCUUGGAAAGUAUAAGGUAUCAUCAGAGGUAUCAUCAUCAUUAAUCUGUGCAGGCGUGUUACCUUUGAUUUGACUGUGGAUCUAACAUUUAAUAAAAGCACACAGAGCACGAUGUACAAGUUUCUUUUUUACAAUUAUGACCAAAAAUGUUCACAACCUGAGUAAAUAAUCCCUGCAGAGUAAAGACAUUAUUUGGAGACACUUCUGCUGAUUUGUUCCCACCAAAAGUGCAGCUCUGUCCUGACAGAGUUCAUCUCCACCUCCAGGUUGGAUUCAGCAGCAAUGGCACCGUCGUAGCAGCAGACAUCACCUACUACAGCAACGCAGGCUGCACACUGGAUGAAUCAGCGUUUGUAAGUCAGGAGAAAAGUGUUUUCAAAGAUGUUGAAAUAAAAUGUGCCCGUCUCAAAAAACGUGCAUGUUGACUCUUUGAAAGAAGAUCUAUCUGCUGCUGUUUUUGUCAGAUCUUAGAUAAAGCUCUCCUCCACAUGGACAACGGCUACAAGAUCCCGAACUUGCGCGGUCGAGGCUUCAUGUGUAAGACCUUCCUGCCCUCUUACACGGCUUUCCGAGGCUUCGGUGGUCCUCAGGGUCUGAUGGUGAUGGAGAGCGUCCUGCAUGAGGUGGCUGUACAUUGUGGACUGCCUGCUGAGAAGGUCAGGGGUCACCAGGGAGACGCUUUCUUUGACAAAAUAUCCGUCAGUGAAUUGAAGCCUGAAAAAAUGUUUGCUAUGUCACGUCAAAGGUCCGAGACGUCAACAUGUACAGGGAGGAGCUGAGCUACACUCACUUCAAACAGCCUUUCAACCCGACCUACAUGAUCCGCUGCUGGGACGAGUGUCUGCAGAGAGCAAACUACGAGGAGCGACUGCGAGCCGUGCAGCUGUUUAACUCCUCCAACCACUGGAGGAAGAGAGGUAUCGCCGCUGUGCCGCAGAAGUUUGGAAUCGGCUUCUCUAAAGGUUUCUACAAUCAGGUGAGCAGGAGAAAUCAACCUGAAAUGAUGAUGAGACGGAGUCUUUUUGAGGACCUGACCAUAAAGGUAGAAGAGGAGGUGGACCGUACUGAUGAUAUGUCUCCUCCAGGGUGCUGCGUUGGUGAACAUCUACAAAGACGGCUCAGUUCUGGUCUCACAUGGGGGGGCAGAGAUGGGUCAGGGCAUCAACACUAAAGCCAUACAGGUGAGUCAAGGUCCCAAAAGGCUCAGAGGGUCUCAGAGGAGUCUGUAAAAGAAUAACAUUUCUUUAUUUCACAGACGGCCAGCCGAGUCCUCAUGGUCCCCAUGUCCUCCAUCUUCAUAAAAGAGACGUGUACCGGAAACGUCCCCAAUGCUGCACCUUCGGCUGCUUCGUUUGGCACAGACGCCGUCUGCAUGGCUGUCAAGGUUCCUGAAAAUCAGAUCAACAGUGAUGCAAAGUUCCCUCAUGAAUUUAUAUGUUUAAUGUGAUAAAUUAACUUGAUAAGAAGCUGUGAUUGUUCUCUCUCAGGAUGCUUGUGAGAAGCUGAUGAAGCGCCUGCAGCCGCUGAUGGAGACGAAGCCGAGAAAUACCUGGAAACAAUGGGUAACAUCGCAGAGCGUUAUUGUCAAAACUGUCACUUAAAAUGCUUUGUUUGGUGUGUUAAGGAUAUUAAAAACAGUCUUUGCUGCAGUUUUUUGCAACUUUGACUACAUGAAAGCAGUCGUGCAGCAUGUGUGUGUGUGUGUGUGUGUGUGUGUGUGUGUGUGUGUGUGUGUGUGUGUGUGUGUGUAUAGACUGAUUUAACUCCAGCUGGUUUAAAUCUUGUCCCCCGGGAAGAACUGGACAAAGUGGCCCAGGAGAGGGAAGUCUGGGCUUCUCUGCUCAGGAUGCUGCUCCUGCGACCCGACCCUGGAUAAGUGGUUGAAGAUGGAUGGAUGGAUGGAUGGAUGGAUGGAUGGAUGGAUGGAUAGUUUAAAUCUGUACCUGGUAAACCUGUAACUGAAAGCUGAAAUCGAUUUCUCUGCAGGUCACAGAAGCUUACUUGGAGAAGAUCAGCCUCUCUGCCACCGGGUUCUUCAUGUAUGUAACUUGAGUUCGUCUCUCUGUCUUUCAAACCUGUAUUUUCUGCUCCGCUUUAAUUGAUGCACCGUGUGUCUGUGUGCUGCAGGGGACCACCCACUUAUGUCGACUGGGAGAAAGGUGAAGGUCAGGCAUAUUACUACUUCUCCUUUGGCGCCUGCUGCUCUGAAGUGGAGAUCGACUGUCUCACCGGGGAUCAUACGGUACCUUCGAAACCAAAAUUAGAUCCACAGAUUAAGAUUUUACAGAAUCAGAACAAAAAGAGACGUUUACCUUAUAAACAUAAAAUUUGAUUGAAACGUCGCUCGUGUGCUGCAGAACAUCAGAACCGACAUCGUGAUGGAUGUGGGGAGGAGCAUCAAUCCUGCUCUGGACAUUGGACAGGUACAUUCACAAUACCUUCUCCUCAGCUCAGUUAGGAUGAGUUCAAAACUGAACUUUCUCUCCUUUGUUUACACCAUUCGUGUUGUUCUUGCCUUGGAGAGGAAUAAAAUAAAGUUUCAUGAGUCUGUGCCUGAUGUCUACCAGGUGGAAGGAGGAUUUGUCCAGGGUCUGGGUCUGUACACCAUCGAGGAGCUGCAGUUCUCCUCAGACGGCGUCCUGAUGACCAGAGGACCAUCUCAGUACAAGAUCCCGGCUCUCUGUGACGUCCCGGCUGAAUUUAACGUCCACCUUCUCAGUGAUGCAGAAAACCCCAACGCCAUCUACCACUCGAAGGUGCUGUCUCACUUCUUCAGAUUCUCCUCUCUUGAUUGUUUUCUCUGAUACCCUCACAAAAAGGUCUUGACGGAAGACUCUUGUCGUUUCAGGGCAUCGGCGAGCCUCCAGUUUUCUUCGGCUCCACCGUCUUCUUCGCCAUCAAGGCGGCGAUCGCAGCGGCCCGCAGAGAGCGAGGCCUCGGGGAAAGUUUCCCUCUGAGCUCACCUGCUACAGCCGAGAAGAUUCGCAUGACCUGUCAGGACCAGUUCACUGAGAUGGUGUGAAACCAGUCCGUGGUCCAUGUAGCUGGGACUAAAAUACACUUAAAAAUAUCUUAAAGUAAAACUUUGACUUUUAGAAACAAACAACAUUUUCCCAAUUCUUUGACUUCUUCUAGAUACAAUAAAUAACCAGCUUAUCUAAAAAAUAACAGAAGAGUGAAUCACUUCUAAAAAAUAUUGAUUAGAAAGAACCCUACGCCAACAAUUCACCAAGUUUUACAACAAAAUAACCCCGCCUUGGUCUCAUUGAAGACGUGCUGUGUAAUAACUCCAGUUAUCAUGUUUGUAUUUGUAUUUUAAAGGUAGAGAUCAUCUGAUAAAGUAUGUCUUUUUUUCCUAAGUCAGAGUUAAAGCUCAGAUACUUGAUCUGAAAAAGUUUUAAAAAAUAAUUUAAUGUCGGCGUACUGAAGGAAAAAGGUCAAAUUUCGCUCUUAAACUUGAUGACUGAGUGAGAAAAUAAAAAGAUCUGAAAAGUCUGAAGUUGGUGUAGUACAGCUUUCUAAAACCAUGCUGAACAGUAUAAACAUACGUGUAUCCUCUAACCUGCUCAUUUCAAACUCCUCCCUAACUUCUCUCCUGUCGCUCUUUCAGGCGUCCUCCUCCACAGACGAGGCUUCCACCCCGUGGUGCAUCGACAUGUGA